AUGAAAAAUUAAAUUAGUUUGAAGAUAUUUUUGCUAUUUUUAGGUUUGGUUUGUAACCUCUCAUCAGGUUAAUAAUCCUGCUCAGCUGCGACAACUUAAUAAACUUGCCUCAAUAAAGCAGACUGUUAAUGGAAUUUAAAUAGCUCUUAAAGUUCAUGUUAAAAUUUGAAUCUAUAAUGCUCUUUGCUGACUUAAUCUUAAUGCACUGGAGUAUGUACUUUAAAUAACGCAAAGGGUAGUUGCAUUUAGAUAUAAAAUUUAGGAUGCUCAGUUUUAAAUCCAACUUAAUGUAACUAAAAUAGUAUGUGUGUAUUAAAUGGUUAAGUUUGCUCUGAUAGAAAUUAUAAUUGCGCUUCCAAUGAUAGAGCUGGCUGCUUGACUCAACAAGGUAUUUGCUAUUGGCAACAAACAGCUGCAGGAACUUGUGUAAAUACCAUCACAUGCACAGGUAAGACUUAAUAAGACUGUAAUAAUAACUAAUCGAAUUGCUAGUGGGUAAUAGGAGGCUCAUGUGGAAGCAAAAAUAUAAAUAUAAUUUCUUCAACUAGCUCAUAUUUAAUAUAAUUUUCUUUAUAACUUUUGAUAAGUCUUUUAAUAUUAAUUAUAACGAUUUGA